UAGGAAAGGUUUGGGGGUUACAAAGGAACCCAGGCUGAACAGGAGCCAGCACAUCCAUGGGGAGAAGACAAAGCUGGCAGUCAGUGCGGGGAAGAAAGGGACACACCAGGAACCAGCCAGCCACCUGCUGCUUGGUCUGAAUUGGUCAGGUCUGGACUAGGGCUUUGCAGCUCAUUUUGGGCAGAAAGAUUAAAGAAAAAUGAGGAGCACCUGGGAGGAUGAAUGUGAAGAAAUGGAGAAUGAUUUGGAGGGCUAGAAAAUAUCACCUGGUAGGCUGGAAGAAAGAGGUCAGCUAGUCUACAGCCAGGGGAUGGAGAAGACAUAAACAUGGCAAAGGCUGUUGUUUGUGCAUCAGUUUAUUCCCAAGGUGAUAUUUUUCCUUUGUUAACUGGCAUAUGCCCACCCACUCUCCCUGUCCUUCUUAUCAGGAGAAGCUGGUCAACGUGUUCAUCUCCUGCAGAGGUUGAGGAAGAGUGGCAAGGACUUAAUGAAAAUGUUGCCCACAUCCCCUUCUUUGCGGACCGCUACUCUGAGGCUGAAAUGAUUAAAAGGUCACAGGCCUUUUAUGAACUUCUCAAUAAGAGGAGGUCUGUCAGGUUUCUCAGUGAUGAGCCGGUCCCCAGGGAAGUUAUCGAUAAUGUCAUCAGAACAGCAGGUACUUCACCUAGUGGAGCGCACACUGAGCCCUGGACCUUUGUGGUGGUGCAGGAUCCAGAUGUAAAACAUAAGAUUCGGGAGAUAGUAGAAGAAGAAGAAGAAAUAAACUACAAAAAAAGGAUGGGAGACAAAUGGGUUAAUGACCUGAAGAGACUAAGAACAAAUUGGAUUAAAGAGUACUUGGACACUGCUCCCUAUCUGAUCCUCAUUUUCAAGCAGGUAUAUGGGAGGCUUCCAAAUGGCAAAAAGAAGACCCACUACUACAAUGAAAUCAGUGUUUCUAUUGCCUGUGGCAUCUUGCUUGCUGCUCUGCAGAAUGCAGGCCUCUACACCGUGACCACCACUCCCCUCAACUGCGGCCCCCACCUCCGGGCGCUGCUCCGGCGCCCAGCGAACGAGAAGCUGCUCUUGCUGCUCCCUGUGGGCUAUCCGAAGAGAGAUGCCACCGUGCCUGUGCUGACCCGAAAGCCACUGGAAGACAUCAUGGUGGUCGUGUGAGCCCAGUGCCACGAAGAACGAGCACACCCUACUGCCAGAUAGUAAGCAGCAGCCCGCUGACCUGGUUGCUGCUUUUCCUGUGUAUUGAUGCCCAGCUUUCAUGCUCGUAUGUCACUGCUGCUCUGGCUGUUUAGACCUGUGUGUCUUUUAGCGCUAAUAAUCAGGGUGACUGCUUCUACUAAUAGCAGCAAGCAGUCAAGCACCGUGUGCUUGACAGGUGCUAUAUUAUCAGUGAACCUAGGCAGUUCUUCCAGUGGAUACAUACAAUAGCAUUUAAAUGACCUUCAUCACUUGAUUUUUCUUAUGCAUCGUAGGGACAAAUCUUUCCUUGAACUGGAAUGUGUCUUCUCCUUAUGUUUUUGUCAUUACCAUUAUACAGCUAUUUUUACUUCAGAAUUUUAAUGGAGGUUGUAUUUAAAGGUAUAAAGAGGUAUAAUCAACUCAGUUGUCUUGCUAUUGAUCAGUGUGUACUAUUUGAAUGUUACUUCCACUUUACUGUGUUAGGUUUUGUGUAGGAGGAAGAUAUUUUUCCCAUAUACUGUAGUGUUUUCCCUACUUGACUGAGUUUAAAAGCCUUCUCUAUACCAGACAGCAAUUUCUUAAACUACUGCUAGUACAAGCGCCUACAGCUGUGGGGGAUCUAGCAUGAACAAGGCAUCCAAAUGAUUUCCUUGUAGCCAUUUAUUUAUACCUGUGGCAGGCACAGUUGGAUCCCAGGGCAGCUCUCAGCCAUGCCCUCUAUAUUUGCUGCUUCCACUGGGAGAGGCUGAGAACCCCCACUCUGAUUAUCCUUUUUAUAUCUGAAACUAUACCCAUGUCACACUCUGAAAUUUAAACUGCUUUACAGACUCUAAUGCAUGAGGGGUGCUCCAUGUCAUAUUAUAUCAGGCAUAUUUUAGUCUAUUUUAAGGUCAUUUCUCGCUCCUUACUAAAAGCCUUGUCUGUGGGCAAGGUUUGAACUGGCGCCGCUCAGAGUUACUGCACUGGAGGAAUUUGCGUUGCUGAUGCCUGUGUUGGCAGAGCCCUCUCGUGGACUCCAGGCUUCUGCUGGCUAUGUCUGUGUAGCCAGUUCUGUACCUACAACCCCCUUUUGUGAACAGCAUGGGGUAAAAAUGCUGGAAGAGAGUAGUCCUUUCCUGAAGCUGUUACACACGUUCACACCCUGUUACACAUACCUUCAGGCAAAUCCAGCUAGAUUAGCUUCAGCCUUCCUUAUGGAUUGCUCCAGUUAACUCACUUCACUUUACCUGAAAUCAGUUAGGGCAUAUUUAACGUGAUCUGUCGUCAGCUAAGCAAGUAGAGGUGAUAUUUUGCAGAAUUACCUUUUUGUGUGUGUGUGUGUGUGUGGUGUCAAUGUUUCUGUCACCCAAUGAGAAAAAAAAAAUUCUCUUUGGCAGAUCAUUUUGCUGGCAAGCAUGGAUAUGCGUUCAUCCAUUUUAACAGUGCCAUUUCCUCAUUCUCUUCCGUGUUCUUGAUAGCAUAAUAAUGGCAGGAACACUUUCUGAUGCAGACCUAGUCUGAAAUGAGCUUUUAUAACUACAGUAAAAUCAAAGAGAAGUUGUGUAUCUACAGAUUCGCUGCACUUCAGCCUAAAUUCAGUUGAUUUCAACAAAACUAGAAUCUGAAAUGAGUCCUGUAGAAGAAGGCCUCACUGGGCUUAAAAGCUCGUCAAGGACACAGCAGCAGCACCAGUAAGAGAGCAGUGACCUGAACAGAUAGUUGUAAGUGAAGGCUGAUUGACUGCAGAUCCCCAGGUAUCAGGAGCUCAACUUGCAGUUGGUAUAAAAGUUUCCUCCUGUACAGACAUUGCUCUGCCAAGCUCAGGCCCCAUCAUAAAGCAGUUUACAUCUGCUGUAAGUAUAUAUCAGCUUUUUUUUUUUUUUUUGAAUAGUUCAGUGCUCCUAUUGGUAGUGGACUGCUUCUGCCUGGCCUCAAUCUGCAAAAAAGACCAUUUAUUCCACAACAGCACUCAGAGAUGCUUUAUCAAAUCAAUUCAAUUCAAUUUAAACCAGCAUAAGCUUGUGUAUCUAAGUCUAUUUCUUGCAUAUAUAACGCUAUUUUAGUAUGGCGUUUUAAUUAAGAAAUGAAGAAUCAGACCAUAUUAAAAUACACCCCAAAUUGCCACCAUAACAAAUAUUGAUAUAUACCAAUAUAUCUAUUUAUUAAUGGUGUUUUUCUUUUUCCCCUUGUGUUGAUUCUAGAAACUAAUAUACACAUAGUAGCUGAAAAAAACAAACUCACACAUCUAUUGCAUAUGAAAGAUUCUUGCCAGCAAAGCAUUUCUGGUAUCACAAUAUACAUAUAUAAAAUAUGCAUUUUUUCAUAAUACCUAUUCAAAUGCAAAUAUCCCAGUAGCAUUACAACUGCUGAUGAUGCUGCAAAGUCUCUUCCAAAUUAUGUUAGUGCUGCUGUUGUGACAAGCCUCCUUGGAACUACCCAUAUUCUCUAAUAAGUGUGCUGUCUUUAGUUAAAACACAAAUGAAAUAAGAAGAAAUUUUGCCUUUCCAUGCAAAAUGUUAUUAAAUAAAAUUAAGGUUAUCAUUUAAAUUGUUUUACACUUAACUAAGGAUUUUUUCAUUUGUUUGGAUGAGCAAAAAAAGCAAUUUUUUUUUUCCAGGAAGAGAACAUUCUGGGAGGAAUCAGUUGAGAUUUAAUUUUUACAUUCCUCCCCUUGUUAAGUUUUAAACCCAGAUUAAAAGAUAUGAGAGGAUUAGCAAAACAGGAUGGAAUUUUACCAUCUAUUCUCACAAUAUUCUCUGGACUUGGUAUACGUGCCUCUUUUAGAAAAUGAUGUGAACAGAACUCAGAUGAGAACAGAGCCCUUUAGAAAACUUAGCUCAAAAUACUGGUUUUAUAGAAUCACAGAAUAACUGAGGUUGGAAGGGACUUCUGGAAUUCAUCCUAUCCAAACCUCUGCUCAAAGCAGGCCUACGCUCAAGGUCUUGUUCAGUCAAAUCCUGAACAUCUCUAAGGAUGCAGAGUCCACGGCCUCUUUGGGCAACCUGUAAGUAUUUGUUUACUUCC